CGUCAGAGCCGGUCAGACGAAUCUUUCGGAGCGUCGGUGAUUGUAUUUUGGUAACCAUGUGAACGUAAGAUUUUAUUAUACAAGUCGAUGCCGUUAUUAUUUUAAAGUAUUUUUCUACCAUUAUGUGCGUGAAUCAUCUAAAAAAUACGUACGAAAGUAAGAAAUUCUGAUGUUGUAUAGGUGAAAGGAAGUUUUUUUAGUGUCAAAGCUAAGCCUAACGGAUCUUAUUAGCUAAGAUGGCGUCCACUUUGAGUGAUGAGGAAUUGAGAGAGAAACUCGAAGAGUUAGGAGAGAAGGUAGGUCCUAUAACACACACGACAAGAAAAGUUUACGAAAUGAAAUUCGACAAAGCUAUGCAACAACGUAAAACGAAACGUCGUAGCUCGAAUAAGUUAGAAUUGAGCCGUUUCAGUUCGGACGAGAACGAAAUGGAUGGGAAAGGUUCGAAAACAUCCACAUCAUCUACGUCAUCACGACGUCACAUUCGUCCAAGACGAAGCAUUGUUUCUGGUCGAUCUCAAUCAACAAAUGAUCAAGUUGAUUCUAAUGCCUUUAAAAUACCCGAUAUUCCUACGUCAAGAACGUUAACUAAUAGUAAUCGGUCUCCUAGUCCUUCGACUUAUCUAUCUUCUGAUCUCACCAGGACUAGUGUUCGAAGCUCUCGAAGAUUGCGUCGACAGAAAUUAAAUAAUUUUGAUAUAGAUUCAUCGGAUUCGGAUAUCGAUUUGGAUCAUCAUAAUCGUUUUAAAAAGAAACAUGUACAAUCGGAACGUACUAAUUUGGAAAAUAAUAUAGAUUCAUCUUCACAUUACAAUUGGGAUAAUUCAUUUUAUAAAACUGAAAAAUUUGAUAAUAACGACAAAACCGAAGCACAGGUUUCGACUGGUGAGUUAUCGUUUACUUUUCCUUAUUUUCUUUCGUUUAAUAUAGUAAUUGAUCGAAUUUAUGAGUUAAUGUGUGAAUCGGGGGUCUCCUUGGCUUUUUUGUGGCAAUUGCCAAACGUUUCUUAUUUGCUGGGUUAUUUUUUCUCUUACUGUGACUUUUUUACCGACCCAAAAUGAAAGUAUGACGGAUAA